CAAGAAUGCUUUUCUGGAGCCAUACUACUACAUCAAACACCUCCACUGGAUUAGAGUUCACUGGGAAUGCUGUGCCCUCCAACAGUCACAGCAGCUAAAAGGCACACGGAGGAUAGAAAGAGAGUCUCGGGACCUCCCAUUAAGACUGAGUAAUUUAUCUCUGUAGCAGAUACACAAGCUGCAAGAAGCAUCACUGCAGAGCCUGAUAUGGGAUGCAUAUGUGUAGUUUUUCUUUAGUGCACAUAAAUGCAGCAGUGUGCAAGGAUUUAUGUCACCGCCCUGCAUCACUGACGUAUAUGGGAGCAGGUGGGGGAAUGGCUACUGGAGUUAUAAGAGAUUGCUGCCCAGGUCAUGAUUUUUCAGUCUGUCACUCUUGAAGGAUUCUGCUGCUCUGACCUGGAAAAACCUUUUCUGCAUCACAAAAAAAGUUUUUUUUUUUUUUUUUUUUAAGGUGGGAGCAUGAAGAUCAAGCUGGUUCUGGUCCUGUUGAGCAUUAUCUCAAGGUGUGAAGCUCAGAAAUGGAAACAGGAAAUCUCCCCUUGGGACCAUAAAGCAGAACAAACCAAAGGCCAGACUUGCUCCAACCUGACUCAGGUACUGGACAACUGGAAAUAUGCCAUUUUAACCCAAGUGAAAGACCUGCUGAUCAAUGACCACGCCUCUGUCCUGCCUGAAUACAACAGGAUCCAGCCUCUUUCAGAUGCCCUGGGAGACCUCUACAGGCAGUUCAACACUCUGAAGGAUGAGUUGGGGAGCCUCACCACAAAGUUUGACAAAGUGGAAGCUUUUGUGGACGAUCUCAAAGAUGGCAGAUUCGCUGUGCCUCAGCGGCCCAUACAGAGGAUGCCCCCCAGCUUCGGUCUGAGGUCUCCACUGGGAGCACAGAGGAGAGCUCCUACUAGGAAAAUUAUUACUCAACCAACACUGGUCAGAAAGAGGGGGAGAGGGACACAAAGACCUUAGACCUGUUGCUCAAUGGCCUCAGUUUGAUGUGAACACUUCUGUAUCAAAAUAGCUUCAAGUUUGUAUAUUUUUCAAGGGAAGAUUAUUAUAUUAUAUAAUUGUAUCAAUAUAUAUGAUGCAAACAUGACAGCAGCAGUGGUGCAUGGUUUAGAUGUAACAUCAUGUAUAAAAUCAGUUUAUCCUUAUCUUUCUUUUUUAUUUUGUUAGGGAAAAUUCUUCCCAACAUCAUCAAUUAAAUCUUUAAUCAAAAAGAGGACACAGAGUUAUUCUCAAUGUACACAGUUCUACUUUGCAAAGGAGUAUCAUACAGUUAUGAUACACACUCUGGAUUGUUUCACACAUCACAAGGUAUUAUAUAGGGAGCUUCACGAAGUCCUUCCCUCAAACAUUUCAGCAUCAUUAUCAAUGGCAUGCACUUUUGCAUUGUGGAGCUACUUUCAUCUCUUCCACAGCCUUGACCACAAGGCCUUUCAAAUUCAAGCAUAAAACCAGAACAUACACACAAAGAAUGCUGCUGAGUACAUUUUCUAACUCCUAAUAAAACAUAAUGAUUGGUACAUGAUAUAAUAUAAUGAUAUAUAAAAACAUAGCAAUCAUGAAUUAUAUACAUGAUUUUUCUUACAUUUUUAUGUCCUGCAGGUGGCAGCAUUUAUCAAAUUAUCUGUCACACUGCUGCUAUGUACACCACAGGACACAGUACAGCACAGUAACCGAAAGUACUGUCUCUUUUAUAUUACUGAAAAUAUUUAAACUUGAAAGCACUUUUCAUAAAAAAUGGUACAAAGGGCUUUGUAAGUAGGACUUAAAGAAAUAAAACCAGAGAAGAUGAGAUGAUCUGCUGGGAAAAAUAAGGUUGGACAACACACUUAACUUGAGCAUAAAAAAGCUGAAUCUGCUUAUAUAUCAGGUUGUUUGGUAUAUCCUUUUAUAUGUAUUUCUAUGUAUGUGUAUAUUGAUGAUUAUUGCCAAUUAUCUGUAUAUGAUUUUUUUUGACCAAGAAGAGUAAAGUCAGAUCCAUAUGCAGCUCUACAUUAAAUACAUUUUAACCCAAAUGCUUACAGUAUUAUAAACACAAACCAACACCAUGUCAGUACUGAAAAUCUUAAGAGGAAGUUUGAGACAAUCUUAUGCUAGACAGAGAAAGUAAAGGCAGAAAAAGAAGUGGUGGAUCAAACCAUCAAACCAGAAUCAAUUAUAUCUGCUAUCUAAAGCUGCAGCUGCUAACAAUGGAAUAUAGAGUGAUGAGCUUUAAACAGAACUGACAUGAGUUUAUAAUGCAUAUCUUCAAUGUUCUAAUAUCAA